UGGGUACGGUCGGAGCUGAAGAUGUUGUUGGUGCUUUAGGACCCAGUGAGCAGAGACACGGCGAUAUGAAACGCAGCCUGUCCGACAAUAUCAGGCUGAAAACAAGGGAUAUCGCUGCAGACGGCGCUUCUUAGGUAUAUAAAGACCCGGCGUUGGAAUGUGAGCUUAGGGAAAUCUGCAGCGGAAGAGUUAAAAAAAUAAGAUAAAAAGCACCAAAACAAAACAAAUUGACGGCGCUGUGUUUGUUAUUCAUCCGGCUUGGGGGCUCGCGCGCGUUCAAACCUGAUGUCUUGUUCAUGGAAAAGAUCCUAGUUCCACUUUUUUUUCCGGUUAAAAAUGCACGUCGUUAUGGAGUAGACGUUCGUUUGCGUUUAUAAAGUCAGCUGUUUGGUUUGUAAUCGAACGCUUCAUCUGUGAAACACGAUGGUUUAAAGCGUGCGCGUGACAGGAGCACUGUUCCCCAAACUGAGUGAGAAAGUGUCAGGGUUGUUAGCAUUCUAUGGUGCAGUCCUAUCUGGAUCCAAGAGGAUGUCUCCCAGCAUCCUGUCAGCACUACCUAAAGGGAGACUUCAUCCUCUUUUUCUCUGGCAAAUGUACAUGAAAAACCAACACACAAUGAUAGAACUCCAGUGAUUUCUGCCUUUGACGUUUCUCACCUCACCUCCCCACCCCUCUACCUUACACCCCUUUCCGGUUCCACGCUUGACCAUGCUGCGCUUCCUGCCCCUCAAACUGGGCAGAGUGUAUCGCUGCCUGAAGCUGCUCUUUAUUGUGGGCCUGUUUGUAGUGCUCUUGAUGAACACUCACACACUUCUUGCCUCCUUUCAGAAGAACGAGUUAACAGACCGUCGCUUCAUCCACCUCAACAAGUGUCCGGCUUGCUUUGGCACCAGUUGGUGUCGCAAGUUUAUGAACGGGCAGGUAUCGUUUGAGUCAUGGGGCCGACUGCGUUUCCUUGACGUCUUCAACGUAAAGAACGUUUUCUUUGCCCAGUAUGGUGAGCCUCGGGAAGGUACACGACGCAUCGUCCUCAAGCGCCUUGGUUCAAACCAGGAGCUGGCAGACAUUGACCAGAAAAUCUGCAAGAGGGCCACCGGUCGACCUCGUUGUGAUCUCAUCCAGGCCAUGUACAAGACCGAGUUUGCUCGACUUAAUGGAGACGUUCGCCUCUUGACUCCUGAUGUGGUAGAAGGUUGGUCUGACCUGGUCCACUGCCCCUCACAGAGACUGUUGGACAGAAUUGUCAGGAGAUAUGCUGAGACUAAAGACUCUGGAAGCUUCCUGUUGAAAAAUCUCAAAGACACAGAGAGGAUGCAGCUUCUGAUGACACUUGCUUUUAACCCUGAGCCCUUGGUACUGCAGAGUUUCCCAUCAGACGAAGGCUGGCCGUUUGCGAAGUACCUGGGUGCGUGCGGGCGUGUGGUGGCCGUGAACUACGUCGGAGAAGAGCUGUGGAACUUCUAUGAGGCGCCCUGGGAGAAGCGCGUGGACUUGGCUAAGCAGCUCCUGGACAUCGCUGAGCAGCUCACCAACAACGACUUCGACUUCGCUUUGUACCUGCUGGACGUCAGCUUCGAUAACUUCGCCGUGGGGCCUCGCGACGGCAAGGUCAUCGUAGUGGAUGCAGAGAACGUGCUGGUGGCCGACAAGAGACUCAUCAAACAGAAUAAGCCGGAGAACUACGACGUGUGGUACCAGAGCCGUUUCGAAGAGUGCGAUAAGGAGGCCUGCCUCUCUUUCUCCAAAGAUGCUCUGUGCUCGAGGGUCACUGUCGACCACAACUACUACGCCAUCUGUCAGAACCUGCUGUCUCGCUACGCCACAUGGAGAGGCAGCACCGGCGGCUUGCUGCACGAUCCGCCGUCCAACGUGGGGAAAGACGGGCAUCUCGACGUCCUGCUGGAGGAGUGCGUCAAGCCCAAGAUGCCGUAUGGACGCUUUGCAGCCGCUAAAGAACUCCGGCAGUAUCUCACUGAGCUCAGCGGCAUGGCCAGGUAAUGACCCGAGCGGACCUCCGGGGAGCGGGUACCGAGAUACUGACGGCUUCUUUCACUCUUUGGGUGGCACAGCAGCCGUUACGGAGCAACGGAGGAAAAUAACCGCAAGCUCCGAGAUCUUUUUAACGUUCCAGCCUGCUGACUUUAAGAAAUUACGUUUCAAGUGAAAGCAUGAGGGCUGGAUGAUGAGCUCCAUAUUAGAUGGAAAGAAAAACACACUUUUUUCUCACUUUAGUCCAGAUCCAUGCUCGACGACGGAAAAGUGCGGAAUCCAUGGAAACUCGCCAGUGUUUCAAUCUCAGUGUCAGCUCUGAGAGCUCGAGCUCAUCAGAGGUUUGUUCAUCACUGAGACUGGACUGUCUUAAAGGAGACGCUGCAGCUAACUAACUUCCUUCCACAGAGCUGCUCUGUGUGAUGUGACCUGAUGUGAUGUGAGCAUGCUCAGAAAGGCAGCUGGAAAGUGCAGCACACAGCAGCUCAGGAGGAACCCAUCUCCAGGCCUCUGUCACUAAAUCUCAAGACUUCCAGUGAUCUGAUGUUUGGCAAUCAAGCAAAGUGAGGGUUUACGGUGUACAAAACGAAAUAACGAGCUUCAGCAGUUUCUGUUUAGGCUUUUGCAUAUACCAAAGAGUCUGGCUAUAUGUUCCUGGGUUAGGGUUAGGGUUAGGAUCCCUGUACAUUUUAGCAUCCCGACUGCCCAAGUCUUUCAGAACGGACACUUUUUACAAAGGAUUUAUUUUUUUUUGCUUCUAUUUAUCAGGCGGAUCCAGUAAGGUCUGAGACUUGAUCCAGGACCAUUCUUGGUUCUGAAUAAAUAACCAGGUCAAAGCUCUGUUUGCAAGCAGGCAUUCUAAAACCAUGGGAUGCUCCAGCCGUUCCAUCCAAAUUUAAUUCCACACCUCUGAAAUUGAUUUAAUCGCAAUUUAAUCAAGUCUUUGACACUUAACAUCAGUCAACCUUCAGCUAUCAAUUUGCCUUUUUUUUUUUUUUCCUGUUCCUGCCUUUUUGUAAUGAAUUAGCACAUUAGGUUUGAUUUUACACUUGGUGGACCAGUGAAUUAGACUGGUGUGUGUGAGUAACUGAUUCAAAUCAUGAUUUCAUUAAGCUUUGAGCUUUGGGGAGGGGCUAGAACCUGAAAUCUAGAUAAUCACUUCAGUUAAGGACAUUUCAUUCAAAGCCAAUGCAAAGGGAAGAUGUUGCCGUUCUCACUACAGAGUGAACUUUGUUCCUGGAGAUCUCCAGUCCUAGCAGAACCCGGUUCCUUCCGUAAUCUAAUCCCUGACUCGGACCCUGCUGUAAUCUAAUUUAUCAUUGGACUCCUGUCAAAAAUGGCAAGAUCCAGAAGAUCUCGAUGACUACCUACGCCAGGUGUAAGAAAGAAGGGGGAAUCGGGUUCCUCGGGGUUCCACUUCACCUCCAAUGUCCUCACACGGAAAAGCAAUAAGUGACGUUCCUCCAGGUGUAGUCCUGUAUGACCCAGUUGCAUCCAUAUGCGAGAUCUCGGGACCGAUUUGCACCUCUUUAACAGCCGGUGUAAGAUUUCGUUUAUUUUUGAGUGCGUUAAAAAAAAAAUUGUCUGCUUGUGUUGUAAUUAUUUUUCAUUGAGUAUUAUAUCAGCGGUGUCUGAUUUUACUGUGCCUUUCAUUCGAAAGUUGUAUCCACAACUUUUCAGUGGGUUUAAUUAUCAAAUAAAUGAUUCUAUCUAUCUA